GGCUUUCCGACAAAUCGCCCUCUCCACGCGCAAAACCAACGGGAAUUUCCCCCGGAAGCCGCGAAAAACCCUAACAACCCCCGCGAUCGGCGGCGGCGACGGCGGCGAGCUCCGAUUUCCCGGCGAUGUUCGCCGGCGAGGACGACGACGGAGAGUCCCUCGGCCGGAUCAGCAUGAUGGCGUCAUCGCUCCUCAUCCCGGCGGAGGCGGCGGGGGCGGCGGCGCCCCAGCAGCAGCAGCCGCGGCCGCCGCAGCUGCAGCAGCAUCAGCCGCAGUGGAGCCAGGAGGAGACGAGGGAGUUCAUAAGGAUACGGGCGGAGCUGGAGAGGGACUUCACGGCGGCGAAGCGGAACAAGAACCUGUGGGAGAUCGUGAGCGGGCGGAUGAAGGAGAGAGGCUACCGCAGGACGCCGGAGCAGUGCAAGUGCAAGUGGAAGAACCUGUUGAACCGCUACAAGGGGAAGGAGACGUCGGAUCCUGACAGUGAACGGAAAUGUCCCUUUUUCGAGGAACUGCAUGCGUUAUUCAUUGAAAGAGCGAAGAACAUGCAGCGGCUUCAUCUUGAGUCUGAAGGGACUUCUGUCCAAGCGAAGAAAAAAUUGAAAAGAUACGGUGGCAAUCAGUCUUCUGAUGAGCUUUUGGAGGCUGAUGAUGAAGAUGAGGAUGAUAGUGAUGAGGAGAGGCCUUCGAAAGUCGGUUCUCGUAAGAGGAAGGCCAAAGAGGUCACGAUCAACAAGCAUACGGGGGGGACCAGCGGAGUAUCUGGCAGGAGUGGUGGUGCUGAUACUUUGGAAAUGCUCAGGGAAUUCUUCAAUCAGCAACAGGAGAUGGAAAUGCAGUGGAGGGACAUGAUGGAGAGGCGUGCCCGUGAACGCCUUUUGUUCGAGCAGGAGUGGAGACAGUCAAUGGAGAAGCUUGAGAGGGAGAGGCUGAUGGUUGAGCAGGCUUGGCGGGAGCAGGAAGAGCAAAGGAGGUCGCGAGAAGAGCACCGGGCUGAAAGAAGGGAUGCUCUAUUAACCACCCUCUUGAACAAGCUUCUUCACGAGAGCGACUUAUGAAGUGGCUGGAUGGAUAGUUUACUGACCUAAUUUUGUUUGCAACGAUGUUCACAUCUCUGUCGUGGAUAGGCCGGAGAGAUUACUAAAGGUUCUCAUUGAUUUGGAGGUACGUUUUGCACAGAUGACGAUAAACAUUUUGAAGAGAAAGUACGGCAAUGCAAAAUUACAUGUAGAAAUCUUCUUAGUCUGGUGUUUGUGUAGAGAGAAAAGGGUUUUCCCUUAUUGAUUUGUAAUGUUUGUAAUUGUAUGUAUUUAUUAUACAUUUGUUCAAAUGCUUGUCCUCUGAAGUUUGUUCUACAUAUUCUGGUUGAAAUAUAAUACAAGCUCAUUACUUCAAACGAUGAAGAGUCAGUGUAGAUAGCACCAUGUGUUCAAGAUCUGGUUUGCACAAUGUCCAUAAUGGAUUGCCUCAUCUUUCUGAUCCA